UCCCAUGUCCUAAAACUUGGCCAGUGAACCUCAAAACCCUAAACCCAUCCACACUCACAGAGAGUGGGGAAAAAGCUCGCUCGCAUGCCCAAAACCCUAUUAAGCGAGUACCCAGCAAUAGACCCUUCCCUUCUAGCCCUGAAGCCUCGCCAAGUUCUGCUCGCGAACCCAUUCACCAUGAAGAAGUCCAGCAGCGGCAAGGCCUCCUCCGCUGCCCUAACCGCGGACCAGAAGGCCUGUCUCCUCCAAGCUGUGGCUCAGUUCUUGGACCGCAGUGGCUUCUCAAAGACUCUCAAGAAGUUUCGGUCCGAAGCGCAGGUUGAGAAAGAUGGUCAGAAGGGUUCCACACUGGAUUUGGAAGAAAUUUACCACAAGUAUUUGGAGACGUGGAAUCUUUCCAACACAGAAGUCAACAACCAGAACAAGCAAGAUACAAAGAAUGGUGACACUAGUAAAAGAGAUGAAGAACAUGACUCUACUGAGGUUGUGGAGACUGGAAGCAAGAAAAAUUACAAAAGCAGCGAUAGGGAUAACUAUGCCAUUGUCAAUCAAUCUGGAGCCAAAGGUAAACUUUCUAAUUCUAACAAUGCCAAGGAGAUAGAAACAAAUGAUGUAGCCCCAGAACUAAAUGUAAGAUCUAAAAAGACGAAGAAAAGUAAGAAGAUUUCUGAUUCGCUCGGUCAAGGAACUGAACAAGUCAACACAGAAAUUUCAAAGGGGCCUGCUGGUCUUAUAGUGUGUGUAUCGCAUAUGGAGGAGGAACCUGAUAAGAGAAGCAAGGAGAAAAAGAUAAAGAAAAGCAAGUCAGAUUCCAGAUCUCUUGUUAAUUCUGUGGAACAUCCCCUAUUAGAAUCACUGCCUGGAGCAACUGAAGAAAAAUCUAAAGAUAUGGUACCUUCAGAAGGCCGAAGUGUUGCUGAUUCUGACACAGAGAGAAGAUCUAAGGAUAAAAAGAAAAAGAAAGAUAAGCCUGUUUCUGAUUCUCUUGAUGAUGUCAAGCAAUGUGGCUUGGAGGAUGUGGAGUGUUCAAGAGAUGCCCAAGCUAAUAAUUCUAGUGCUACUGCAGAAGACAAGCGUGUCAAAUCUAAAGGUAAGAAAAAGAAGAAGGAUGAUUUGGAGGAUCUUGAGAUAGGAGAUGUAAAUGGAAACCAUUCUAAAGAUGAUUGUGAGACACCAGAUGAGGAUGUGGCUAACAAGAAGAAGAAAAGUUCCAAAAAAAGAAAAAGAUUGGCGUCUGAAGAAAAUGGUUUCCAGCUUGUCGACAAAAAAGCAGCCGAAGAACUGAAACGUAGAAAGGUAGAAGGUUUGCAACAAUCUGAGAGAAGUGAGCAACCUGCAGAGGUGAAUGCAUCCCUAGGAAGUGAUGAAAGUUCUGGUGAAGAUGGGCAGGCAAAUGGAAUCCUUGAGAAAAAUGGAGAGAAACCCGCAUUUCAAAAAACUAAGAAGCAACAUAAUGGUUCAGUUGAGCCAAAGACAGUUAAUGCUUUUCGGCGGAUAAAAGCUGAGGAGGUAAUAUUCACCGACAAGAGGCUUGAAGAUAAUUCUUACUGGGCAAAGGAUGGGGCAGAAAGUGGCUAUGGUGCAAAAGCACAAGAAAUUCUUGGGCAAGUUAGAGGACGAGAUUUUCGGCAUGAAAAGACCAAGAAGAAGCGUGGGACAUAUAGAGGAGGGCAGAUUGAUUUGCAUUCGCACUCCGUUAAGUUCAAUUAUUCAGAUGACGAAUGAAUAGGAACUUCUUUGUGAGACAAGUCCCCACUUUUUGUUCUUUCUCAUUGCCUUUGAGCACAUAUAUUGCAGCAUGAUUUUUUAUGAGAACUAUGUUAAUUUUAUGUUGCUUUGGUAGUCCUCAUUGUUCCAAUUUCAAACAAAUUUUGAGUCAAUUCAAGGACCUGUUCAUCUUUAUCUAAAUUAUUUUUAGACUUUGAAUC